AUGAAAUGGGAUAAAGGUGCAAAACAAGGAACUGUUGUCGCUGGCGGUCAAGGCGACGGAAAUGCUCUGACACAAUUGUCGUAUCCUGAAGGACUGUUCGUCGAUACGUUGGGUACUCUCUAUGUGACAGAGUUAGGAAAUCAUCGAGUAACGCGUUGGCCUAAAGGAGCGAAAGAGGGUACUGUCACUUUGGGUGGAAACGGUCCAGGACAAGAUGCAAAUCAGUUAAAUUGGCCGAGAGGUUUAUCCUUCGAUCGAAAUGGCAAUCUCUAUGUCGUCGAUAGCAACAAUCACCGAGUACAACGAUUUUCUCGGGAAUAG